AUGGCCAUCACUGGUGACGCGCUCAAGGACGAAGUCUUUCACAAGAUCUUCGAGCUUCUCUACAGGAUUGUGUCCAAGGAGAAGCCGGUAUUUCUUCGGUCGACCACAGCGGAAAGAACCAGGACACUUGCUGCUUCUCGCUUGCAAGUCACAGGUGCUGCCCUUCGCUUGACUUUGGAGGUGGGAACGUCUAAGCUCAAGUACAAGACGGCCCUGUCGAUCCUGGACCAUAUUGUGGACACCCUCCCUUUGACGGAUGGCUCAUUGUGUGAGCCUCUAAAGAACGAUUACAUCAAAAGCUUUCGAGUUCUCCUCACUUACCCCCCACACGGAGAACAUAUGCGACUCAAGCAAUGGCAGACGUAUGUGGACUUCGCCCUGGAGUGCUUGUCGACUGUCCUCGAACAUGAUGUUAUUGAGGAUGGUUUCCCAGACAGUAGAAACACCAGUAUGGCAUCCAGGAAUGAUCGGUCAUUGUCUGUACGUCCCAGCCAGAGAAGCGGCAGGAGCAUUGGUAAGGAAAAGGCUACGCUCGCCGAAGAGAUCGUGGCUUCCUUGAAGAGCCUGACCUCUGUAGCCAACGUGCACGUCAUGAGUCGGGCGCCGUUGAUCGCUGAGAAGAUUCAGGAGUACUUGAGCGUUGCAGGAACAGGUCAAGAGGAUGCAUUUGAAACUCUAAACAACAUUGUGCUCGUCUCUCUUGGCCAAAAUGUGGACUUCACGCAAAACCUACUGUGCGCCCUUAUCCCUGUCAUGCGCCGACUGUGGUCUAGCCGGGCUGGUACUCUGCGGGAGCAGAUGCUCAUCACCUUGUUUACAUGCCGAUAUCUCUUCAUUGCUCCGCCUGGCCCAUGGAACUCGAUCGACGCGGCUGUUCUGGAACCGCUUUUGACAACCAUGAUGUCUGACUACGGGAAGAGAGAUUUGUUACAUUUCGACGACAUGCAACUAUUGCUCGACUCAGAAACCGCACCGCUCAAAAUCAGACAAUUCAAGCCUCCUCGAAUUUCACCACGAGCGUUAAGUUGCUGGUUGACAAUAGAAGUCAUGGCAAGCCUUGUCGUUGGGCUGAGUUGCAAAGCACGGCCAUCGACCGCGGAUAGCGACUCUGGGGACAUUCCGCGUAAACGACGGAAAAUCCAAAAUCACUUGGAGCAAGUUCUGGAGCUCGCAGCAGUAGGGGUUGGGCAGGAAAAGGUGGUCGCUUUGCAGAUCGUCUUGUUUCUCUUCGACCAACCUGGCGACCUUGAGCAGGACUGGAUCCAACUACUCGACAAGUUAUUGCCGGAUCUCAACCAUGAAGACCCCGCCGUUCAGACAUGGGUCUUCCUGAUCUUUUCAAGGUUAGCGCAAGCACCACAUCCUUCUUCACGAACAUCCGAUAUCUGGCUUCGGGUUUGGGAUGCAGCGCGAAGAGCAAUGGCUGUCGUCCUAACGACCAGGGUUUCCUGCCAUUUGCUCACUGUACUCCUCAAGAGCGGGGUUCUAGAUACGGUGAUGAGCGCAAAUCUGCUUGAUGGCACUCUGUUUGGUGGUGGCAGCAACGGCCCAAGCACUCUGACAGAUACGUCUCUGGUCUUAAUGACAACUAUACUAGGCUCCAAAAUCCUCGACAGCGAGAAGCACUUCGAGUCCCUCAGCUUGAAGAUACUUGGCUGGUUAAAUCUCCGCUGGACCCUGCCUGCGAAUCUUGAUCGACUUCACAAUGCACAUAUUGUCUCUCACGUUCGGCCGGAGCUCUUAUACUGUGUGCUUAGCUCCGUGUGCGGAUUUUCGAAUCCUACAACCGCUAUUGACGAUUGGAGUCCGGCACACUCAUCUUUCAAGGCAGCAACUAUGGCGGCAGUCAACCUCGACUUCUUACAAUAUCUCCUGCGAAUCCCCUUUCCUAGCCCUGAGGCUGCGGAGCCCGCCAACGCUGCUCCGCGCCCACUUGACACGGCCAUAAGAGCCCGCCUAUAUGGAGCGGUUACAGACUUCCUGGCGGCCAAAUCGAGAGAUUUCCUUCUGUCUUGGAAAGCUAUCUCCGCAGAAAGGAGCUCAAACAUUGGCAAUGAUAUCGUAGAGAUGGUAGCUGUUGCUUCGACUGUCUCUUCUGCAGUAUUUGCGCGCGGUGCCGGUUACGAGUCAGAAAUCAAGCCACCCGCGGUCCUGGCUGAAACACGUCGAAUUGUGAGUGACUUCAUCUCCAGCCAGAAGAAUGUUGUCUCCUGUCGAGAAAUGGCCAAGCGUGUAUGUGCUUGUGUUGUCGCUACACACUCUCAGGUCUCUCGAAGCGGCAAGCGAGACUUUGACGAUGACUAUCGCGGAGUACUCGAAUUUGCAUUAGACGUCGCCCAUCGAGGUAUGGCAACAAACAAUGCGGAAGACCCUUCGGACUUAGAAUUCUUGGAUGAAGACCAGUUGGAGUCGCAGGCAAGUCAAAGCAGCCAGGCAGGUUUCGGCACUGCUGUCAUGCGACUUGAUAUACCUCUAUGCCAGGAUACGCAUGAGCAACUCGCGAAAUAUGUGGUGGAGCUAACCACAGCUCUUCAAAUGGUAAAGUCACAAGCGUUGCUAGACUCUUUAGCAGCCACUGUUGUCUUUGACGAGCUUAUAAACCUUGAUGCAGUCUCUUUGAUUGGCGCCCGAGGAGCGGUGUGCGAUUUUCUCUCACUGGGAACGGGAAUCUCUCGGGCAGACGCAUAUCGUCUGGUCGACAAGCUCGGCAAGACCUAUCUGCAAGAAGAAGCUUUCGAGAGAUGCGAAUCUGCCUUGUGUCUAUGUCUCGACGUCCUUCGCCACCUAGUCGAUCUCUGGAGUUCUGACGAGGAUGACGACCUUGCAGAAGCAUCAUUUGAGGUGUACGACUGGUUCCUUAACAUCGCACUGAACAAAGGAAUUGCUUCACCACGAGUUCUGUCCGCACUGGCUGAUCUGCUGGACUCUCUGCUGCUGAAAAACGCAAGUUACGGUGCUGACGAUGUACCAUCUCCGCGAACAAGCCUACUAAAGAUCCUAGAGGUCAGUGAUCCUCCGAACCAGCAUAGAAUGGCUGCGAAAUUGCCCCACAUCUUCGACAAGUACGUUCUGACGCAGCACGAUGCCAUAUUCGAAGAUAUCGUCGGGAAAUUGCCUUCGGAUCCUGGGCGAAAAGAAGGUAUCGCCGCACGCCUGUACAUCGUAUCGCAUCUGGGCGCACGAUGGCACACUGUCUUACGACAAGCCACAUACCACGUAUUCGAAACUGUCGCUCACGUGCCUGCUACGACGAAGAUCGCGCAUGACUGCAUCGAUCAAACCUGCAAAUUGCUCAACCUAAAAAACCCGAGACUCCUUUUCAAGCUGUUUGCGCCUCAGAUUUUCUUUACAUGGCUGUCAACGGAGAGUCUCUCCUCGAUGCCUUUCCAAGCCUUCGGAUACACCUCUUUGCAGGAACUGGCCGAGGAUAAUAUUGCUGAGCUGACGGGACAAACAGCUCUUCGCGGGAUGGCUCAGGCAGAAGACCUGGCCCGACUUGUCGGUGUGGAAUGGACUGAACUGCUUGCGGAGAACUUCGCCACUGCCGAAGCUUACACACUUGCUUCGGAGACAAGCGUGCCGAAGCAAGAACGACUCUAUGAUGGCUCGGAGAAACUGGUCAGGAAACGACUCGGGUCCGAAGUAUACCUUCAACGGCUCCGCGAGUGCCUCCCGGACAUCAUCGUCGUGCUACUCACGUCGCUUCAAGACGACCGCGGCAUUGACAAGGCUUUGCCCUCCCGAAACCUGGGCUGCUGGCAGGAGAUGGUUGACCUAGCGGGGCACCAUACCGAGCUUCCGCUUGCUCAGCAGCCAUGCUUCCGCGCACGUUGCCUUCCUGAGGAACUUAACUACUUGUUGUCAAGACUCGACAUGCACCAAGAAGACAUCUGGACACCGGCCCUCCUGAUUCACUUGUCCCGGCGAUUGCUGGACAAAGCGCGGCCAGCAUUAGGACCUCUGCACACAUGCAGCAUCAUCCGGAAGAUACGUAUUGUAAUCAGCCUCGCCGGGCCCGCUGCCCUUGAAGGCUAUCCCCUGGAGACGAUGCUUCACAGUUUACGACCUUAUCUGACCUUGUUUGAAUGCGCAGGGGACGCGAUGGGCAUUUAUCGCUUUCUUCUCCGCCAUGGAGCGCCAUAUCUUUCCGCUCGGCCUUCUUUCAUUGCUGGUCUUGGUGUCACCAUCUUUGCGUCUCUUGCUGGCUUCAUUAGCUCCUCGCAAGACAGCACUACGCAAGAAAGUCAUUUCCUCGCUACGAUGACCAAGGCCCAAGAGUUCCGCAUGUUCCUAACACAGUGUCUGGAGUCCCUCCAGCUUGUGAAUAUAACAGCCGACGCUGAGCAGACUUAUACGCGGGUUAUCCAACAUGCAAGAGCAAUAACCCAACCGGGGACUAGCGCGAAAAGCACCAGUGAAGGCCAGCUGCUUUAUGAUCUGCUUAUGGACCAAAGCAACAAAAACCCGCUUCUUUCCCGCCUUCACUUUGAGCUCUCUAUUACAAUCCUAUGCCAACAUUUCUCCCCGCCACCAGAUCAGCAAGAUGACAUCCUGGCGAAUGAUGGGGAUGCUUCCCGUGUUUUUCCUGUGUUGGAAAGCCUCCUGAGGGACCUUGAACUGAACCAGCCGUUCCGGAUGUGGGCAGCCCAAGUGAUGGGUCGAGGUUUCGUCAUGCGUGGGCUCAGCUCCGGAGGGAACAAGAAGGCACGCCAGAUGCGAGUGGCGACCCCAAUUUCCAGAGAAGGCUUCCCAGAUUUUGAGGCAGUCUCAUCUUAUACCAGCAUCGUGCGACAUCUAACCAACCUGCUUUGGACGUCUGAUUAUCCUGCAACGAGCUUUGCCGAGAACACAUUACAAUUGAUCUUCAGCAAUAUGAGCCAAUCCGGCAAACGCGGCUUCCUGGAUCCUGAAUUCGACAGAACCCUUGUGCAGGAUAUGAGCUUCACACAUUGCCCGUGUCCUACUACGCUGCUGUCGCGUGAUCUGAGUGCGUCAGACAACAAACACGAAGGAUCCUGGGACCCGCGUUUGCAAGCGCAGCACUGGGCUGCCGAACUCCUUGCUCAGAUUUCUGACGCAGCCGCUAGGGAUCCCGUGCUGAACGUCCUGAAGCCUCUUAUCAACGCAAUACCCGAGUCGGCCGAGACGCUAUUGCCACAAAGCGUGCAUCUCGUUCUACUUAGCGAGUUCGACUCUCGCCAAGAUUUCCGGGAAAGGUUGUCAGUAAUGUUCUCCGAUAUCCUUUCUCCAGGUGUUCAGCAACCCAGUCCAGCACGACCGUUGGUGCUCAAGACUCUGCUCUAUCUCAGAAAAUGCAAGCUUCCCCGAGAGACCAAUAUGGCACAGCGAAGUUCUUGGCUUGAGGUAGAUCUCCACCAUGCUGCUAUGGCCGCAAGCGACUGUCAAAUGUGGCAUGAAGCUCUUCUCUUUCUGGAGCUUCAUCAUUCCCAGGCGCAACUGCAAACAGGUCGUUCUUCCCGCAGUUCACUUGUCAUGACCGAAGGUAUUCCAAUCGAAGUUAUCUCGAAGAUCUAUGAGAAUGUCGACGAUCCUGAUUUUUUCUACGGCAAGCACCAGACCUACGACUUGCAGUCAGUCAUCAGUAAACUAGGGCAUGAAGGUGCGAGCCAGAAAUCCUUGUCCUUCCGCAGUGCUAUGCUUGACUCGCAAUUGAGAGUCACCGAGCAAACAGCGGCACUAGGCUCGGUGGCAUUGGCUACCGCGUCAUCGCUGAGUGCUGCGAAUAUGCAGGGCGUAUCGGAGGCUGUGAGACAACAUUAUGAAGUUUUCCAGAAGGGUGCUUCUGCGGAUAAUGGCUCUGCACAAGAUCGAUGGGACUUGCUGUCUUCAAGCGAAUCGACCUCGUCCUCGGUGGGCCUGUUGUCCUUGUUCCACGAUAUGCAUAACAUCUCAAACAAGGAUAGCUUCCUCCUUGAGCUGGACCAAUUGUUAUUCGACGUAAGUGUCGCUAUCAAGGCGGAAUCCGCUAAUAGAAGCCACUCGCAUCGCCUCUAUUCGAAUUUGGCAGUCCUUGCAGAAGCGCGACAGACACUUGGUGCAACGUCGGUGGACAGUCUAGAAUCGGCCUGUGCAGCUUUCGCGGCCAGGAACGAGAAUCUAAAGCUCGCCAGGUUCGACGCAUUAUCCCCGGUGUUGGCAGGCAGAGAGGCCGCUUUCGCCGCCGUCAGAAGAAACCAGCGACUACAGAGUUCCUUCCUUGUUAACAUCCACCAAGCGCUACUUCUCGAAUUCCGUGUGACUAGGCAGUCUCUGGAAGUGGCGUCGAGUUAUGACGAACCUCAAUUCUGCUUGAAUAGGGCGAUGUAUCUGUCCGAGCUCAAUCAUCUAGCUCAGCGAGUCGACCUGCAGGUUGAUGUCGCAACUAAUUACGACCUUGCCAGAACUUUAUGGGAACAAGAAGAAGCGUCUGCGUCCAUUGGGAUUCUAGAAGAUCUCGGAAGUCGAAAAGAUAUUGCCAAACAAGCCAUCGCUGUAACGCGAGCUGACAUUCUGACGGACCUUGGGCACAAGAUUGCCGAGGCUCGUCUCGAAAAACCAGACGAGAUCAUCGAGCGCUAUCUAGCCCCAGCGAUUCAGGAGCUACAUGGACCUCGAACGGGAUCAGCCGCCGGUCGGGUUUUCCACAACUUUGCUGCCUUCUGUGAUAUGCAGCUGCAAGAUACUGACAACCUGGAUGACUUCACCCGCAUCAACAAGAUUCGAGAGCGGAAGACACAAGAAGUCUAUGAGCUCGAAAGGAUGGUUAAGAACAGCAAAACGGAGCAGCAGAAGCAGAAGCUCAAGUCACAUUGGGCCAGGGCUCGAAACUGGCUCAAGCUAGACGAGGAAGAAUGGAGAAGAGUAUCGGAGAACCGAGAGAAUUUGAUCCUACAAUGCCUGGAGAACUACCUGCUCGCUAUGAGGGCUUCCGAUGACUAUCCUAACGAUACGCUCCGGUUCGUCGCUCUCUGGCUCAACCGGGCGGAAAGCCCGACCGCAAAUGCGGCCGUCCAGAAGCACCUCAGCACGGUGCCAACAAUCAAAUUUGCGCCACUCGUCACCCAGCUGACAUCUCGCUUGUUAGAUUUCAAGGACGACUUUCAAAAGCUGCUCAAGGAUCUCAUGUUCCGGAUCUGCUCAGACCACCCGUUCCACAGUCUGUACCAGAUCUUUGCAACCAGCAAGUCUCGUCCACCGACUGGUGACGAUAUCGCCGCAUCCAGAUGGACGGCAGCAAACAGAUUAACAGAACGCGUCAGGCAACAGAGCACAUCCUCAGCCAUAUGGACUGCUGUCCACAACACUUGCGUCGCUUUAAACAAAGUCGCCGUGGAACCACUGCCGGAAAAACAUGGCAAGGCUGAUUCUAAGACGCUCCAGUUGCGGAAGUUACAAGGUGGCCCAGGGCUAGAGGCACAAAUCACGAAACCGACUUCGAAGAUUCCACCGCCUACUAUGAGUAUCGCUUUAAGAGCAGAUCGCGACUACUCGCAGGUACCGACAUCUGUCUCGAUCAGUCCGGAGCUUUCUGUUGCGAGCGGUGUCUCGGCGCCCAAGAUCGCCACAAUCAUUGCCUCGGAUGGCUCUCGACACAAAUUGCUCUUGAAAGGCGGCAAUGACGACCUUCGACAAGACGCAAUCAUGGAACAAGUGUUCGAGCAAGUUUCCAACCUCCUCAAAGAGCACCGCAGCACACGGCAACGGGACCUCGGGAUCAGAACGUACAAAGUGGUGCCGUUGACCAAAAACUCGGGCGUCAUCGAAUUCGUGCAGAAUACGAUCCCAUUGAACGAGUAUCUCCUCCCAGCUCAUGCACGGUACUAUCCCAAGGACUACAAAUCGAACAAAGCCAGAAAGGACAUUGCGGACGCUCAAGGGAAAACGGUUGAGCAACGAGUACGGGCUUAUCACACGGUCGCCGCCAACUUUCACCCAGUCAUGCGCUUCUUCUUCAUGGAGAAAUUCCUCGACCCUGAUGACUGGUUCUACAAGCGCCUCAACUACAGCCGCUCCACUGCUGCCAUCAGCAUUCUGGGCCAUGUGCUCGGUCUAGGAGAUCGACACGGGCACAAUAUACUGCUUGACGAAAAGACAGGAGAGGUGGUGCACAUCGACUUGGGCGUAGCUUUCGAGGCUGGGCGGGUGUUGCCAGUGCCUGAAGUCGUUCCCUUCCGCCUGACCCGCGACCUUGUCGACGGAAUGGGGCUUACAGGCGUCGAGGGCGUGUUCCGACGCUGUUGCAAUUUCACCCUUGAAGCCCUUCGUCGCGAUCAAGAAGCAAUCAUGACCAUUCUCGACGUUCUCCGCUAUGAUCCAUUAUAUUCAUGGUCCGUCUCUCCACUUCGCCUCCAAAGAAUGCAGGAGAACAAUGCUCAAGCCCCGAGCACGGACGGUGCUGCAGGAAGCACUGCCGCGACAGGCAUCAGCAGUAUAUCACUUGCAAAUAACGCGACUGCCUUCGGUGUAAUUGCAGCAAGGAGAGAAGAGACAGAACCAAGUGAAGCCGACCGGGCAUUGACCGUAGUGGCGAAAAAAUUAGGCAAGGCCUUGAGUGUAGAGGCAACAGUUAACGAGCUGAUUCGGCAAGCGACAGACGACCGCAAUCUGGCGUUGUUGUAUUGUGGUUGGGCUGCCUAUGCUUGA